AGUAACUAGUUGGACAUCAGAUUGGAAGACCGGCCGUCCUCUAAACCAGAGAUGCCGUGGCUCAGUAUCAAGUUGUGGGCUUUAGCGCUGUUUUCGUUCUGCAUCGCCGAGAAAGACCAUGGGAUAGUGUACCCCAGGAUGCUUGAAAGCAGAUCGGCAACUGGAGAGAGGAUGCUCAAAAUCAACGAUGGCCUGACGUUGACGCUGCAAAAGAGUAAGGUCUUCGCCGACGACUUUUUGUUCAGCACGACGGAGAACAAUGAACCUAUUGAUUACUAUGUGAGAGCCGAAGAUGCUGAACGGGACAUCUAUCACGAUCCAUCUCACAUGGCUUCCGUAAAAGUAACUGACGAUGAUGGAGUUGAAGUGGAAGGAAUACUUGGAGAAAGGCUCCGCGUUAAACCUUUGCCUCUGGCUGCACGAAACAGUGAAGGCCUGAAAGCGCACAGGUUGUUUGAAAUUGAUGUACCCGAAGCAAGGGAACAUAUGCCACAUGACUACGGUUCUCCAAACAAAACAAAGAACAUCGUCGAGUCAAGGGCUGGAGCCACGACAUAUGAGAUGUACGAGAUACCCAUGAAAAUUUAUCCUGAAGUCCACGUUGUGGCUGAUAGUGAAUUUUCCAAAGGAUUUAAAUACAUAGUGGCAGACGUCAUAAGCUACUUCGCAGUUCUUGUGAAUGCGGCGAACCUUAGGUACAAGAGCCUGGUAUUUCCCGAGGUACAGCUUAGGAUUAGUGGUAUAACCAUGAACAAAAGUCCACAAGAUGAACCGUACAUUGUCAAUGUACCAAAACACAGCCAGUACCGGAAUAUUUUAUUCAAAGAAACGCUGGAUAAAUUCAACCAAUACAUGAAGACAAAAAGCGUUUAUAAAACUUCCGAUAUUGUGUUUCUGGUGACGGCAAAAAAUAUGUCUGAAUGGGUAGGUACCCAACUGCAGUCGUGGACUGGAGGAUAUGCUUACGUAGGAACAGCGUGCUCCGAUUGGAAAGUAGGGAUGUGCGAAGACAGGCCGACAAGUUUCUACGGAGCCUACGUUUUCUCCCAUGAGUUGGCUCAUAACCUUGGUUGCAACCAUGACGGGGAUGAAGCCGGUACAUGGGUAAAAGGACAUAUCGGAUCUUCAGACUGUCCUUGGGAAGACGGAUAUCUCAUGAGUUACAAGAUGAAGGACGAGCGCCAGUAUGCAUUUUCUUACUGCUGCCAGAGGGAAAUCAGGAACCUCUACAACCGGCCUGAGUUUCGAUGCCUGAGGGAACGAAACCCGAAAAAGAGGAUACCUAAAUCGAGCUACCUUCCUGGAGGAAAAACAUCACUCGACAACUACUGUAAGAGGGUGUAUAUGUACGAGCUUGACGUAAGAGCGAAUCUCACGUACGGAACUAAAGGCGUUCUUGAUUGCAAGGUUCAAUGCCUCACACGACAUAGCUGGUGGAAACUCGGUGUAGUCGAUGGUACACCUUGCUCAAAUGACGGAAAGAAAGCUUGCAUUCUUGGAAAAUGCAUACCGUAUAAGAGGAAAACCAAAUCAAGCUAAAAACGAGGAUCUCAUAAGAGCGGUCAUUCCAGGCAUCACAGCCAAGAAUAUGGGUACAUAAAAAACACUAAAUAAAAUGACAUUCAGUUUUAA